AUGACCAAGGCUCCCUUCUCGGUAGAAUGGCUUUCUCAGAGCAGCCAGGCUACCAAGGCGGCCCCGAGCAGGGCAGGAGUCCAACAAGCCGCCUCGUCCGUCUUCCCCAGUGACUUCCAAACCCAGCAGGGCGAUCCCGCGUCUAACUCCCAGCCUGUGAUGAGAGCCACAAUGCAGAGUGGGAACCAGGUCACUUCCAGAGCCCAGGAGGCGCCGUCGGAACCUCUCCUUGCUCUCCAGAAGAACGGGGAGUGCCCCUCUUCAGCAGCCGAUCCCAGGCGAGAAUGGAACGCAGCGGAGUGCAGCUCGGACGGCGAGGGAAGCGUCGUAGAGGGCCAGAGUCCAGAAGACGCUGGAGGCAGAAACACCAGCAGCCGCCGCUUGCGCACAGCGUUCAGCCUGGAGCAGAUCAGCACCUUGGAGAGCUCCUUUAAGCGCCACAAGUACUUGGGAGCCGCGGAGAGGCGCAAACUGGCGAGUAAGAUGCAGCUGUCUGAAGUGCAGAUCAAGACUUGGUUUCAGAACCGGCGAAUGAAACUGAAACGGCAGCUACAGGAGAUGAGACCAGACCCCUUCCAUGCAGCACCAUAUUACAGCUCCCUCCAUUUUGGACCUCAUAGUGGGUCCCUGUCUUAUGUUUACUCACCUCACCAGCAGACUUUUACCAGGAGGGAAGCUUUUCCUUCUGGCAUCCCUUUCUCUCCAAUGCCAACUUCUACCUUGGAUCCCACAAGCACCUCUGGGGGGCAGUCGGGUGCCAUCUGGCCAAUGUCUGUGCCCUACUUUGUGGGAUACCCAGACCCUAGAACAUUCUUCCUGACCCUCUGA